AUGGAACCAUCGCAAAAUUUUCCUCCGGUAAGAGAACACUUGCCGAUUCAAAACUAUUCCAUAAACAGUGGUGGCGAAGGUAUCACUAAGUUUCCUUCAGUCGAAUCUUAUAUGCCUUCUUCUCGCACAAUAAUUGGCGAUGCGCCACACACUCAAAAUUCUUUAAACCGAAUGAACUCGCAUAGCGAAAACCUCGAUAACCUCUGUCUUCCUUUCACACCAAGUUUAAGUGUUGACCACAAUGUGCAAUUCUCGAGAGAAAAGAAUUCCGCCAAUGAAAAUCAACCGGCAGACGACGAUGAGAAUGACGACAGUGAAGGCGUAUCCUAUCCCGAGGUUAUAAAGGAAACCGAUCCGUUCAUAGACGAAGAUACUCGUAGAACAGAAUUACAAAAGAAAUUCUUUUAUUUCUUCGAAGAACCGAGGACAUUUUGGGCAAAGAUCACCUACCGAGUAUUUAUCAAUUCGGCCUACCAAAUUUCCUUGGUCUUUGUUUACGCGCUUCUCGUCAUUCUCGUGUCUUCCGCCAUAAUUUGGCCUCUCGAACGCGGUACACUUGGUAGCGACGAUAUCUAUUAUCGUGUUAACGAACAAGGCUCCCUCGAAAUAAGUCCUUUUCAAUCAAUCGUCCAUUCUUUCUGGUGGUCUAUAUCCACGAUCACCACAACCGGCUAUGGAGAUAUUAUCCCCGUCACGCCAUUUGGUAAACUUGUUGCUGGGUUGACUAUGCUUUGCGGUAUAAUAGUCAUCGCAAUGCCCACAUCCAUCAUUGGAUCUAAUCUUGUGACUGAAUGGUCACUCCACCAACGACUUCAAUUUCAGAUGCGUGUGAAAAAACAAGCUCAAGAACUUGAAGGGUUCGAACGUAACAAAACAAAAAAAUUAAAACUCCUCAAGGAAUCCAACGAAUCAAUGCGUCAGGCAAUCGUUGAAAUACAAGAACUCCUGGCCGAUUUUAACCCACCAAAGUAUUACCGUAAAUACAGAGACCUCAAAUCGACGUACUUAAAAGCUUGCGGAAAGAUCAAUGAGUUGGAGGAACUGGUGAAAAAAUAUAGGCGCAUCAAUAAAAAUCUUAAACAGUUUAAUGAAUUGACGCUCAAGAACUCUCGAAGAAAUGGUGACCGGAGUGACGACGACGAAGGGGAGGAUGAUUAUGGUAGAGGUAUGGGCAAUGUAAAGUUAUGGAAAAGAUCAAGGACUGAUGAUGUACAUACUUCCGAGGGUGAAACGAAGUUUGCAUGGAAAGGGUUAAAGGUAUCGCCAAUUAACACUUUACGAAAAAUCAAGAAACCUUUCUCGAGAAGUUUGUCCAGGGAGAAUCCGAAACCAUUCGGUCGUGGGGAAACGAAGAUAAUCAGUAAGGAGAACAUUGGUCCUCCGAUGGAAAUGCGAAUAGGCUAUACGCCGAUUAUCGAUGAAAGACAUGAGCAUGGGACACCGAUGGUUCGUUCGGGAAGUGAACCGCUCAAUCUUAAUUCUACUUCUAAUCUUCGUAAUGCCUUGCUCGCGAAGAAUCAAAGGGAAAAUGAUCCUACACAUCCGGCGUCAACCCGUGCUGUGAAGGAGAGAGAGGUAGAACCACUUGGGAGUUCAAUCGCGGAUAGUGACGAAGGAAGAUCGAAUAAAGAGAUGCUGGAAAUUGUUAGAGAUGAUAAGAUUGAAAUCAUAGUGGAAAAUUCGCCUCCUACGGAAAAAUAUUGA